UGGCGAAUAGUUUGUUGGGGGGUGGAGGGACAGCUGUUCGGGUUUUCACUGGAGUGGACAUACCAGACUCAGGUUUCUUCAUCUCCUGCUGCCUUUUGUUUCCGCCGUCCUUUUGGGGGGAGGGAUAGGAGUGACUUAAAUUCUCCCUGUCCGAGGAGAUAUAAAUAACUACAUGUAAAAUUAAUGCAGUUCCCGUUGUCAAAAUGUCUACAGAAGGAGGAUUUGGUGGUACUAGUAGCAGUGAUGCCCAGCAAAGCCUACAGUCCUUCUGGCCUCGUGUCAUGGAAGAAAUCCGGAAUUUAACAGUGAAAGAUUUCCGAGUACAGGAACUCCCACUGGCUCGUAUUAAGAAGAUUAUGAAGCUGGAUGAAGAUGUGAAGAUGAUCAGUGCAGAAGCCCCUGUGCUCUUUGCCAAGGCAGCCCAGAUUUUUAUCACGGAGUUGACACUUCGAGCCUGGAUUCACACAGAGGAUAACAAACGUCGGACACUACAGAGGAAUGAUAUCGCCAUGGCAAUUACAAAAUUUGAUCAGUUUGACUUUCUCAUCGAUAUUGUUCCAAGAGAUGAACUGAAACCUCCAAAGCGUCAGGAGGAGGUGCGCCAGUCUGUGACUCCUGCUGAGCCUGUCCAGUACUACUUCACGCUGGCUCAGCAGCCCACCGCCGUUCAAGUGCAGGGCCAGCAGCAAGGCCAGCAGACCACCAGCUCCACCACUACCAUCCAGCCUGGGCAGAUCAUCAUUGCUCAGCCUCAACAAGGCCAGAGCACGCCCGUGACGAUGCAGGUUGGAGAAGGCCAGCAGGUGCAGAUUGUCCAGGCGCAGCCUCAAGGCCAAACCCAGCAGGCCCAGAGCAGCACUGGGCAGACCAUGCAGGUGAUGCAGCAGAUCAUCACGAACACAGGAGAGAUCCAGCAGAUCCCGGUGCAGCUGAACGCUGGCCAGUUACAGUACAUUCGCUUAGCCCAGCCUGUGUCAGGCACCCAGGUGGUACAAGGACAGAUCCAGACACUUGCCACCAAUGCCCAACAGAUCACUCAGACAGAGGUCCAGCAAGGACAGCAGCAGUUCAGCCAGUUCACAGAUGGACAGCAGCUCUACCAGAUCCAGCAAGUCACCAUGCCUGCAGGCCAGGACCUCGCCCAACCUAUGUUCAUCCAGUCAGCCAACCAGCCCUCCGACGGGCAGGCCCCCCAGGUGACCGGCGACUGAGGGCCUGAGCUGACAAGACCCAAGGACACCCAACACAAUUUUUGCCAUACUGCCCCAGGCGAUGGGGACAGCCUCUCUUCCCAGAGGACCCAGCCGACCUCAGCGCCUCUUGCAGGCUAGGACACUGGUGCACCUGCCCCAUGCCUGGGGGUUGAGAUUCUCCAACAGAAAGAUGCAAUAUUUUUUAUUUACGUUUUUCCCCCCUUUUCCUUCCCAAGGAAUCAAUAUUUCAAUACAUGGAGCUGUGUGUCCAAUGCGAUGAAAUGGGAAAAUAUUAAAUAACAUAUUUAUGGCAUUUUCUUGAAGAGCGUCAUUGAAGAACUAUUUCUUCUUUGGGGUUUAGCCUUUUUGGUUUUCACGGCCACUUCCCCUUAGGAACAAAUCUUCCUGGGGGCAGAAGGUCUUGUCUCCUGCCUCGUGUAGCAGCUGCUGCCCCAUGCAUUGUCACCUUGUUCUGCCCUUGGAUGAAAUUAGGUGAAUAUGUGUACUGUUGGUCCUCCCCCCAGCCCCUGCUCUUGUCCACCCCACCCAGAGGCCAUGGAAGCAUUCCUCUCACUGAAAGAUGAACUCAUUCCCCUUGGAGAGUGGCUGGAUCAGUCCCAACCCAUUCUCUCCCAGAGACCCAAGGAGACUAGAACGUUGUUCAUUUGCCCAUUUCUUCCACCACCACCACCCCCGUUUUCUAUUUUAUUUUUUAAAUGCAUUGAAAAUUGUGCUAGUCUCCUGUGCUGCAUGGACUACAAACUGCAUGAAAUGCAAUAAAUAUCGUUUUAGAUAA